ACAGACCACUAACCCCCUCUGUUAUAUACAUAAGACCGCGGUUGACACUUAAUGAGUUGAUUUUAAGGUUAUAUUUAUAACAAGUUCUAUGUCAUGCUAAUAAUCCUUACAUAUUGAAUUAUUAUCCAUAUCUAUGAAUUACAAAUAUUCUUAGCAUAUUUAGAAAGUAGGAUAAUGAAUGGGCUAAGUCCUUUUGUUUAUUGGGCUCAGAACGAAUCUAAUUUGUUUUUAAAAGUAGAUUUAAAAGACACGGAGGUUCCGAGAAUAAUUUUAGAAAAUAACAAACUUUCCUUUCUUACAAAAGGAGUUGGUGCGCAAGGAUUGAAAGAAUACCAAUUUUCCAUUGAUUUUCAUUCAGAAGUAGAUAAAAACACAAAAAAUGUUAAAAUAACUGAUCAUAAAAUAGACAUAGUAUUAUUUAAAUCAAAAAAAGAAUGGUGGCCACGAUUAACAAUACAGCCUGUCAAACCAGCAUGGUUAAAAAUUGAUUUUGAUAAAUGGCAAUCUGAAGAUGAAGCCAUUGAAGAAGAAACUAGGGACAUUCGACAAGAUUUUCCAAAUCUUUAUGAACAGUUACAAAAAGAAGAAUUGGGUUACAGGAAAGAGGACAUCAAAAAAGUAUACCUCACUUUUUACAACCUAUUUAUGUAUAUAGGUUUUAUGUACAUAACUAUUGUGUUAUGUAUUAAAUUUGUCAGAGAUGGUGAAGAUUUUUUCCCACACGUAUACGAUUCUGUUGGACCAUUUAUGUGUUUUAUGCAAUUAAUACAAUGCCUCGAAAUACUCCAUCCUUUGUUUGGUUAUGUGAAGGGAGGCAUGUUGAUGCCUUGUCUACAGAUUCAAGGAAGGUUAUUUGUUUUAUUGGCUAAUUUAGAUCAAGAAAGAAGAAUCCAAGUGAUGCCAGUCACUUUCUAUUUGUUUUUAACUUGGUGUGCAAUUGAAGUUAUACGGUACCCCUAUUAUAUGUCACAACUUUACCAGAAACAAAACAAAGUUUUAACAUGGCUCCGCUACACUGCUUGGAUCAUCCUUUAUCCUGUAGGUUUCAGCUGCGAAGCCGUCGUUCUGUUCAGGAAUCUAAUUUUUGUAGAAGAUAGUGGUAAAUGGUCGAUGUCUUUACCAAACGCUCUUAAUUUCACAUUCCACUAUUCAGUGUUUCUUAGAAUAUAUUUACUUUUCGCCAUGAUGCCUGGGAUGUAUGCUCUCAUGAUGCACAUGUAUAAAAUAAGAAAACAAAAACUGGGUACUAGAAGCGAUAAAAUAAAACGAUCCUAAUUUUUAUAUUUACAAUUCUAUAGAAAAUUUAUAUAUUAAGUAGAUUCAAUUGUGUACUAUGGUCGAACUUUCACCCAUUAGUACAAUUUAAAAAGAAAUUCAUAUUUGGAAUAAUAAAUGUAUGUUUCAAUGAUACAGAGCUUCUGCCAAAUUGUUUCAAUACAGGUAUUUAGGAACAUGAUUAAGAGAAAGCACAUAUAAAUAUGUGAGGAGAAACUAGAGAUGAUUCACAUCACAGCUUACAAAGAUAUUUCACAAAACUCAGUGGCAUGCUUACUUGUAAACAAGGCUCAAUUUCGUUUUUAAAUUCACCUGUUUUUGAGAUAGAGAAGCGCUCAAAGGAUUUUCCAUAUUUUUUGCUUAUGACUUUUUAAUAUUAGAUUGAGUUGGUUUUAAAUGGCUCUGAUAUUGGAUUUGUUUCCUCUGCAAACUUGGAGUACUUUUAAAGGGAGUUGUUUCUUUCAGGCCUGUGUGUGGUCCCACAAGUAUAUGUUUUUUAUUGAAGUCAAAAGUGAAAAUGGAUCAUUCAAACAAUUGGGUUUUUGAAAAAAUUAUUAAUUUUGUAUAUAUAUACUGAGUACACUGUUUAUACUAACUCCCACAAUUAUACUGUCUGACGCGCGUUUCGAUAAUAAAGUAAACUGGUAGUUUACCUUCAGUCUCGGAAGACAAUAACUUGUUUAUCAAAACGCUUGUCAGACACUGUAAUUGUAAGUGGUAGUGUAAAUAGUGUGUUCAACAAAAUACUAUUGAAAUAGAUCAUACGGGAUGCCUCAUAAUAGAAUUUAUAUGUUGUGGGUCGAUAAAAUUAAUCUAUCCCGAAACAAGACAUUAAAGUCAAGAAGUGUUUAAUGGGGGGUAUCAACACUUACUUUUGCGUUUCUGUAUUAUAAAAUUCGUAUUCUCACAACCGAAUUAUAUUACACUCUUAUUGUUUUCUGCUGUACUGAUAACUUUGGCCGCCCAGAUGUUGAUAUUCGGUAUCAUCUUUGAAUGUCAGAGUCGUCAUGUAGUGCAGGAUCCUCUUUCGAAAAAAGCUCGAUCGCGACUUCUCAAGAGUCACCUACUAGUGUACACCUUCAGAACAUGAAGUUAUGUUACGAGGUCAAGUUUAUGAAAGGUGGAAUAUUCUAUCUACUAAUGGCGAAUGUUGGUCGACGUAGGGAACGUCAAGUAAAUGAAUCGACCCCAAAAAACCUUGGGGGCGUAUUAGAAAUAUGCUCUCCUUGGUUGUGUUGUAUUGAUGGGUGAAUUUUGACAUUACAUGAUCAAUUUUUAAAAAUAUUAUAGAAGUGAAGAAUUUUUUAGAAAUAGAAAAGAAAAAGUGCCCCAGUUUUGUAUAACAAAACAAGGGUAAUUUUCAUUUAUAUACAAUUCAGGUGGUUUACUAAAGAUUUGGGAUAUUAGUUUUAAUAGGAUAAGAAUUACUUAUUAUAUGAACGUGUUUUGUAUAUUCCUUUUUGUUAAAUUAAAUAAAAUUGUUUUCAAAAAUAA